AUGCAGAAGAUUAUCUCGCAAUCAGCUAACAAGGACAAGGUUAUUUACGGAGAAGUCCUGCCUGCCGGUAAGGCCAUCUGCCCUCUCAAAGAUAGAAUCGAACGCUACGAGAAGCCUGAGGCUUUUGUGCGCGGUGAGAGGAGGGUGUAUUUGUGGGAUAACUUGGAGUCCUGCCUCGGACUCCUUUUGAGCAGAUUCAGGAUUGUCAAUUUUCAAGACAACACCGUGCGGCGCUAG